GCCGCAUAUACCGUCUCCAUCUGUCGGCUUUGCAGUGUCUUUGUUUUCGUCAUUCUGCUUUUGUUUGUAUUACUAGAGUAUUUCGAUUUAUUCAUCUCAGCAUGGCGACGAUACGAAACGCGACGCGCAGAGCUGUCACAGAGCUCUCGCAGUACCCUCGUCCGGGCAGCAAGAUCCACGGCUUCACGCUCCUACGAUCCAAACAUGUCCCGGAGCUGGAGCUAACAGCGCUUCAUUUACAGCAUGAGAAGACCGGUGCUGACUAUCUUCACAUUGCGCGCGAGGAUAGCAACAAUGUGUUCUCCAUUGGCUUCAAGACCAACCCUCCUGACGACACCGGCGUACCGCAUAUCCUUGAGCACACGACCCUUUGUGGCAGUCAAAAGUAUCCUAUCCGCGAUCCCUUCUUCAAAAUGCUGCCACGAACACUCUCCAACUUCAUGAACGCCAUGACAGCUUCGGACCAUACGUUCUACCCAUUUGCGACUACAAACGAGCAAGAUUUCAAAAACCUCAUGUCGGUGUACCUUGAUUCAACACUGCACCCGUUACUUAAAGAGUCCGAUUUCACACAAGAAGGCUGGCGAAUUGGCCCCGAGAAUCCCUUAGCGGAGACCGAGGAAGAGAAGAAGCUGGUCUUUAAAGGUGUUGUCUACAACGAGAUGAAGGGCCAAAUGUCUGACGCAGGCUAUUUGUACUACAUCCGCUUUCAGGAUCACAUCUUCCCUGAUAUAAACAACUCCGGUGGUGAUCCUCAAAAGAUUACCGAUUUGACGUAUGAGCAACUCAAGAAGUUCCACGCCGAUCACUAUCAUCCCAGCAAUGCAAAGGUGUUCACCUAUGGUGAUAUGCCUCUUUCCGAUCAUCUUAAAGAGAUUGACGCCCGCUUACAGGCUUUCGACAAAAUCCAGGCUGAUAAGCAGAUUCACGAACCAAUCACGCUGACUGGUCCUCGCAACAUAACACUCGACGGCCCUUUCGACCCCCUCGUUGCCGCCGAUCGCCAGUACAAGACAUCCGUAUCCUGGAUCAUGGGUGAUACUACCGACGUCUUGGAAUCGUUUGCAAUUGCAUUGCUUAGUACCCUCCUUAUGGAUGGCUACGGCUCACCCCUCUACCGCGGAUUAAUCGAAACUGGUAUGGGAGCUGGCUGGAGCCCUAACACUGGCUACGAAUCUUCUUCGAAGCGUGGCAUCUUCUCCAUCGGCUUGACUGGUGUGCAAGGAGGUGACGUGCCAAAGCUGAAAGGGCGUGUUAUGGACAUCCUCCGUGAUGCCAAGAAGAACGGAUUUGAUCAAACCAAGAUUGAUGGCACACUUCACCAGCUUGAGCUAUCCUUAAAACACAAAACUGCGAACUUCGGCUACUCAAUGCUAAAUCGCUUAAAGCCAAAGUGGUUCAAUGGUUCUGAUCCUUUCGACUCAUUGGCUUGGAAUGACAUUAUCAAUGGCUUUCAGCAAAAGCUUGCUCAAGGAAAUUACCUUGAGGGCUUGAUUGACAAGUACAUGUUAAAUGACAAUGUUUUGCAGUUUACAAUGAAGCCAUCUGCCUCGUUUGCUGAGGACCUCGUCAAGGAAGAAGAACAACGGCUAUCAUCGAAGAUUGCCGACGCCGCCGCAAAGGCUGGUGGUGAAGCGGAAGCUCGCUCUGCCUUUGAGCAACAAGAACAAGAGCUUCUUAUCGAACAAGGCAAAACCAACACAGAGGAUCUUGCCUGCCUACCGACUGUAUACGUCAAGGAUAUCCCAAGAUCAAAGGAGCCGGUCGCACUCCGUAGAGACGCAGUCAAUGGUGUCUCCACACAAUGGCGCGAAGCCCCUACCAAUGGAUUGACAUAUUUCCGUGCAAUUCAAACACUGGAUUCACUGCCUGAUGACUUGCGAGAAUUGAUCCCUCUCUUUACAGACAGCAUCAUGCGACUUGGAACCAAGGACAUGAGCAUGGAAGAAAUUGAGGAUCUCAUCAAAUUGAAGACCGGAGGUAUCUCUGUUGGUUACCACUCUACCACAUCCCCCACCGACUUCCGUGCCGCUAGUGAAGGGUUCGCCCUGACUGGUAUGGCUCUUGACAGAAAUGUACCUGUCAUGUUUGAUUUGCUUCGCAAGCUAGUGGUUGAUACCAACUUCGAUAGCCCUGAAGCUGCCCUGCGAGUCCGCCAGCUUCUCCAGGCUUCUGCCGAUGGUGUAGUUAACGAUAUCGCCUCGUCUGGUCACCGAUUCGCAAUGUCUAAUGCUGAAUCUAACUUGACAAAGAGCGCAUGGCUUCGAGAGCAAGUCUCUGGAAUGUCACAAAUAAAGCUUAUUGCUUCUCUUGCUAGUCGCCCAGAGGCAGACAACCUGGAAGAUAUUCUGAAUAAGCUCAAGCAAAUUCAACAGAUUGCACUGGUUUCUGGGGCCAUGCGAGCCUCUAUCACCUGUGGUGCAGAGAGUGUUGACGCAAACGCAAAGUCUCUGCAGGGCUUUUUGCAGAAUUUGCCUACAGCCCCCACUGGCAUCCUAGGAGGUUCUUCUGACAAGCUCGAUAUGACAAAGAAGACAUUCUAUCCUUUGCCCUACCAGGUCUACUAUGGCGGGUUCGCCGUCAGCACAACGUCAUACACGUCAAAGUAUGGAGCGCCACUACAAAUCUUAGCCCAGCUCUUAACUCACAAACAUCUCCAUCACGAGAUCCGAGAAAAGGGCGGUGCAUACGGUGGUGGUGCGUAUUCCAAACCUCUAGAUGGAUUCUUCGGCAUGUACUCCUACCGCGAUCCGAACCCUCAAAAUACAUUGUCCAUUAUGCGCAACGCUGGUCGCUGGGCCACAGAGAAGCAGUGGUCUGACCGAGAUCUGGAGGAGGCCAAAAUUUCCGUCUUCCAAUCUUGGGAUGCGCCAAAGGCUGUCAACCAGGAAGGUAUGGCUGAGUUUGUGAACGGCAUUACGGAGGAGAUGAAACAAACCAAGCGCGUACAACUUCUGGAUGUCACAAAGCAGCAAGUUCAGGAGGUUGCCCAGAAGUUCUUGGUUGAACCUGUCGACCUCCAGGAGGAGCGCAUCUCUUUCCUCGGUGAAAAGAAGGCUUGGGUCGACGACUCCUGGUCUGUCAAGGAACUUAAUGUGCAGGGAGAGUCUUCUGCAUAAAGAGGCGCUGGAAACAACCUUCACCUUUAAAACCCCUUCGCUGCACACUUGUUGCUGCUGUGUAUUACACCCUGUAUCAUGCUACUUAACCAACAUCAUGUUUAGAUAGACAACCCAUCAUCACCGCUUUACAAAGCAUCGUUUUGAUUUUUUAAGAACCCUUCUCCCCCGCUCACGUGCAUUGAACAUUACAUUUGGAUAUUCACCUUGAACGCGUUCAGAUACGAUACUCCUCCCUGCCUGGCUCUGACUUUUUCGGAGUCCAACGUGGCAUGGAGGACACAGAGCAACGCAAGAAAAAUUUGGGCGACAGCAGAAAGUGGCUAUCAGGAUAUCUAGACCCAGGUUUACAGACAUUGCCUUUUUGAGAUCAGCCUGUUCUCGAGCUGUGUAGUGUCCUGCAAGCCGGUCAUCUUGACAUCUUGACAGCAGACUGGAUUGAUGUAUAGCUUUGCACGCUCUCUCAGAGCCGGAAAACCCUUAAGUUUUGGUAUUCCGGACUAAAGAGUCGAGCACAUGUUGUAAUAUUAGUACGCGGUUAAAGCGCCGUCUGAUAAGGUUGAUCCAUGGUGAGGUUCUUGUUGUCACGGGUUGUUUAUAAUCCGACCAUUACCACAAUUGCUACACUGAGACUAUAGCCCCAAAUAAAUAUUGAUUUUUGCACAUACUAUUUCUAAGUUUAAAACGAGCUUAAUAUAAUACCGAAGGCAAUACAAAUAAAUCCUAUGGACGAAGGAUAGUUGUCUCUAGUGAGCAUAGGGUAGCACUAUUCUACAUCCGCCCACGAGCAUGAACUUUUAAUAUACUACCUGCAGCCGUAAUUUCUAACACACGCCAUUGAUGACAGAUAUUUAAUGCCAUAAAUUAUAAUAGGUUAGUUUCAUUAAUUAAUAUUCGUAUUAUUCAGCCGGCUCAUAUCAAUUCACAAGAAUUGCUCAGUAGCCAUUAACUUCACACCAGUACGAACCUCCGGAUCCUCAACCCAACAAAGCCAUCAAUUGAGCUCUAUUACAAAGUAGCAAUCAAC